AGUCAGCUGAUUCCACCACAAACAGGAAGGGGAAGUCACAGCUCAACAAAGUAGUCAUGUAAAAGCAGCUAACUCAUUUGUAGUUUGGUUAAUUUAAUAAAAGAAGGCUUCAGGUCCAAAGAUGUUCGGCGGAGACGAUGAAGACGGGGACUUCUUGUCUCCUUCCGGAGGGGCCAAGUUAGCCUCCCUGUUUGGAUUAGACCAGCAAACCAGUCAGGGGAAUGAGUCGUUCCAGUACACGGCACCCAAACAGCCCAGAAAGAGCUCCAAUUCAGCAGCAGCCGCCCAGAAACCAGCUCCACCAUCGGGAGCUCCUGCAGUGUUACUCGCCACAGCGGUCCAAGCCUUCAGAUAUAUUAACGGACAGUAUGUGAAGCAGGGCAAGCUGGGAGCAGCCGUACUGGGCAACCACACGACAAAAGAGUACAAGCUGCUUCUGUACUUGAGCCAACAGAAACAAGUAGCCGCUGCCAAGAUUCAUGUGGGCUUUGUUUUCACGGUUCAGCCAAACAACUACUGCACUUUUUAUGACGACCAGAGGCAGAACUGGUCCCUGAUGUUUGAAUCAGAGAAAGCUUCAUUGGACUUCUGCAAAGAGGUAUGUUUGGCCAAAGCGAACAGUGCGGCCUCCUUAGAUGCCGUGGUGAUUCAGGAUCUGAGUCUUGGCGAGGGCCAGGCAGUGGAGAACGGAGACUCUCUGGAAGUGGUGUACACAGGCUGGCUCCUGCAGAACAACGCCAUCGGACAGAUGUUUGACUCCAACCAGAACAAGGACAAGUUGCUACGACUGAAAGUUGGAGCUGGAAAAGUGAUCAAAGGCUGGGAGGAAGGGAUGCUAGGAAUGAAGAAGGCAGGUCGUCGUCUUAUUGUCAUUCCACCCACCCUAGCUUAUGGAGCCAAAGGAGUCCCCAACCGAAUCCCUUCUAACAGCACCCUUAUUUUUGAAGCAGAGCUUCGACGGGUGAAGUUUUCCAAGGACAGUGGGUCUGAUCGGGCCAGUGCUAGCUCCAGAGACUCUGCUGCUCCCUCCCCUGCUCCUUCCCCAGCACCCAGUGUGGAAAAUCUGGCCCCAGAGCCCCCAGUACAGACAACUGCCUCAGGUCCAGGCAUAGCAGGGGAGCCACCACUUCGUGCAAAGUCAAACUCGCUCAGUGAGCAACUGGCAAAUCCAGACGCCACAAAAGCCAAGCUGAUCUCUCGCAUGGCAAAGAUGGGCCAGCCUAUGUUGCCCUUUCUGACAGGAGUGGCCAGCCAGCCCGAAUCCAGUGACUCUGAGCUUGAGGACACCAGCGGCAGCAGAGUGAAGGAUCGGCCAGCAGCUCCAUCUCCUGUGCAGAUAUCCACUGCUGCUCCAGCUUCUGCACACGUACAUCCUCAUCCUCACACCGCUCCACCGUCUGCCUUAGUUCCUGUUAUGACCAGUGUUGCCCCACAGCCUGGGCUGCCAGGCAGCAGCCACGCCUUUCAGCCUUACUCCUACACACAGACCUCUGCAGCUCCAUCUCAGCUGCAGCCUGUUGGCCAGGUCUACCCCGCACAAACUGUCCCAUACAUGGGCUCCAGUGAUGUGACUUCCUUCUUGAUGACUGAGGCCCGACAACACAACACAGAGAUCCGGUUAUCUGUUGGAAAAGUAGCAGAUAAAGUGGAUCAGCUGGCCUCAAAGAUAGAUGACCUUCAAAGGCAGGGAAGUCUUUCCAUGGGUGUGUCUAGUAUGUCGAUGGAAACCUCCAUGAUAAUGCACAACAUCCAAAGAAUUGUCCAGGAAAAUGAAUGUUUAAAAAAGGAAGUCUUUGAGAAAAGCUCCCGCAUUGAGGAGCAAAACCAUAAGAUUGGGGAGCUCAUCAACCAGAACCAGAGGUACAUGGAGCAGAGUAACCUGCUGCUGGAAAAGAGGAACGACUCCCUCAAGUCAUCCAGUGAGCAGAACCAGGCCAGACUACUGCAGGCUGAGCAGGACAAGCAUGCACUGCCUCAGGACCUGGGCUCCGGCCAGGUCCGUCUGACGGAGGAUCUGGCUACGUCCACAGCCCGGCUCUCUCAGCUGCAGCUAGAAGCUUCGGCUCAACAGCAGAAGGUCACAGAGCUUCAGACUAAACUGAGCUCAGCACUGCAGGACAGUGAGAGCCACAGCCAACGCAUCACAGCCCUGGAUACACAGCUGGAAGAGCUGAAGGAGGCAGCAGAGAGGGCCCAGGCUCAGUACCGCUCAGAGAAACAAAGACGCAAAGAAAUGGAGCUGAAAGUCAACAACAUGGAGGAGGAACUGCAGGACCUGAAGACUGAUAAAGAGAGUCUAGAACGAACACUUUCAGAAAGGAAGAAGAAGUGGCAGGCUGAGCGUCAGCGUCAGGAUGAGGAGGUGGAGGAGCUCCGCAAGAGCAGCCAGCAGGAGCUGGACAACCUGCGAGCUCAACUUCGCAAAGCCAGGACCAGCACUGACAACGCUGCAUCUGAACAGUUGUCUCAGCUGCAGGCGGAGCUGGAGGAGGAGUGGAAGGGGAAGUGUGAGCAGAUGUUGGCCUGUGCUAAAGAGCAACACAGUAGAGAGCUGGCUGAACUAACAGAGCAAAGAGAUGCUCUGCAGGGCAAGCUAACCCAGCUACAGGAAAAGUUCACAGUUAUGAAGCAGUCAAGGGAUUCAGAAGAACAGAGUUUGCUACAACACCAUGGGCAGAUGGAGCAGGCCCUUCAGGAAAAAUACACAGCCUUAGAGCAGCAAGGAGUAGCUGUAAAGGAGGGACUGGAAAGAAGAGUGGCUGAACUGGAGAAGAAACUGGUAGAGCAGGAGAGUUCAGGAGACACUGCAGCAGAGGUGAAACGCGUGAUGAACGGAGUGUUUCAUUCUCUGCGAGGGGAGUUUGACCUGAGUGAAUCUUACAGUGGCCAGGCUGUGCUGGGGGUGAUUGUCACUACCAUUAAGAAUGUAACCCUGCAGCUGCUCAGUGGCACAGACGGGUCUUCACUGAAAUCGGGUAAGAAUGAAGAGAAAGCAGAGGAAAAGGAGGAAGAAGAAAGUGAUGAUGUGAAACAAAGAGAUGAGAGAGAGGAGACACCUCAUCAGAAUGUACAUGUGAAUGGAGAGAGAGAAGUCAAAGAGGAAGAACAACAUGUUGCUGAAUUGGCUUCUCACCAAGUUGGUGAGACUCAGAUGGAUCAGGAAGAAGCAGCAGAGAAGGAGUUAAAGACACAAAGCCAGGCAGAGGGAUUGGCGGCCACUGAUCUUCAUCCAGUUUCAUCCACUGAAUCGAAACCGCUGGAGACCGAAGUAGCAGAGGCUGAAGUACAGUCAAAGCAGGCAGAACACUCUGUUCCUGAAUCCUCUACAGAGGCUGAAGUACAGUCGAAGCAGGCAGAACACUCUGUUCCUGAAUCCUCUACAGAGGCUGAAGUACAGUCGAAGCAGGCAGAACACUCUGUUCCUGAAUCCUCUACAGAGGCUGAAGUACAGUCGAAGCAGGCAGAACACUCUGUUCCUGAAUCCUCUACAGAGGCUGAAGUACAGUUGAAGCAGGCAGAACACUCUGUUCCUGAAUCCUCUACAGAGGAAGAAGACACCAAGAAGUCUGCAGAUCCAGAUAAUAAACCUGAUGAGAGCUCACCACCUGAGGAUGCACAGGAACCCGUGUCAGAAAGUAGUGCUGCAGUGAGCGGUGGCGUGGAUAAGGAGAGCGUGGAUGAUGGAGAGCGACUAGGAGAAAUGAAUGCCGCUUCUCAGAAAGCCUUUGGACCCCCAGCCAACCCACCUCCACCCCCGAAUGCACUUCAGAACAGCUCAGGAGAGGACACAAGUCUGACUGGGGGAAUGGGUGAGGAAAAUGGAGAGGAGCCAUUUUUCCAGAUCACAACCCCUGCCAAACCCCCCGCAGCUCCCAGCGAAGAAGAGGAGGAUGAGAUGAGCUUGAAGGGGCACCCCCCCCCUGCCCCUCUGUUUGGGGACGAUGAGGACGAUGAUGAUCUGGACUGGCUGAACUGAGAUGGAACCAGAAUGAUAAAAGUCUUCGUCAUGAUUUUCAACACUGAAAGCAGGCACAAGGUGCUUUACCAGCUGUCUCUGUCUGGUGGAGCCGUCAAGAUGACGACAGAAAGCCUCUGCUGGUGAACUUGAUUGGACGGAGUCAGACAGCCUGGCUCUCUUCACAUCUGUGUUGUCUUGCUGACUGACAGCUGCUGCCUCAGCGUCCUGGAGAACAAAGCCACGAUUCCAGGCUCUGAUUCUGGUUGAAAUAACAAGCCUAUAAUUCACAGAAGAAUCCAAACAAAUACAUUAAUUAUGUGAUCUGUGAGUAUCUGUUGGUGAUGCAGUUUAAUCCCAAAUUUUACAUGGCACUGUAGCAGAGUAGUUUGUUGAAUCAGCAGUAACCUGUUGUUGGUGGUUUCAGAGUGUACCAUUAUGGUUUUUAAUUAUUAGCUUGCUGCUUUGAGAAUAGAUCUUUUACACAAUUUUGCUAACCUGAAAUUCAUUCUAGAAAAUAAAUGACAUGAAGGUG